CAGAUCAACUAGUAACAACAAUUUAAUAUCGAACACAUCGCGUUUUCUCCGCCUUUUCCUCUUCGCAAUUCCGCAUGAUAAACGCUUUCUCGUUUAUUCCCCUCCCGCCCCGCGUACCCUUGUCCCCACGGUUGGCCAUAUUGUUAGCCGUUGAUAAAUUCACGGGAUUUUCGUACCGACGGGUGAGCGAGUUCUCGGCGUCGCGUGCAACGUCGUGGCGACGCAUCUUCGUCCGGUCCGUUCACCGUUCAUCGUCCUGACCGCCCUGACAUGUGUGGAACAACGAGGACGCCGUUCGUUGCGGUAAGCGGGAGGAACCGUUGCUGCCGUGCGAAGCGGGCAUUUCGGUCACGUUUGACGUCGCACCCCCUUCGCCUCCGUUUCUUGCAACUGUUUUUCCUUUGAUAUCUCGUUCCUUUGAUAUCUCUUCUUGCGCUUCUCAUUCUUCGUCUUCGCACAAGUUUGGCUUGCGAGAGAAAGAGAAAGAGUUUUUGCAGGAGUUUAAAAAUGGAAUUAUCAUCAGAGAUAUUGGAGAACUUGGUUAUGGAUAACAAGGAUGUCAUGGAGGUAUUGAAAGAUGGAAAUGUUACGGAAGAAGAUAUCAUAUUUGAAUCUGAAGCCAAUGAAGAUUCUGAGGAAACGGAGAUAGAGGAAAUUAUAGAGAUCAUUGAAGAAGUUGAAGAAAUUGAUGAAACACCUCCGAAUGGCGAUGCCUCGGAUAAAGACAAAUCGACGGAUGCAAAAGAUACUGAAACAGUUGAAAAGAGAAAUGAUAAAACGACCAGUAAAAAUAUAGAGCUUUACAGUUUUGACGAGGAGAAUGUAAUGUUUACCUCUCAAAUCGACAAAGAACCGACCAAGAAUGUAAAAAAUAGUACACAGAAAACCGCUAAGAAGCAAGUUAUAAAUUAUGACGUUGAUGAGGAUUGGCAGGAUGAGGAACUGGAGCGUGCAGAUGGUCUGGACAAUAAUUCCGAAUUGUCAGAUAAUCGUGCGAGUUCUUUACGGGUGCAAAUUGAUAAGAAAAAUGUAAAUCAAACUAUCCUGUUACAAUCAAACAGAUUAGAUUUAAAAAUUCACGUGGACUCUGCGGGAAAAGCGGACAAAUCUCGAAAUGAUAAUGGCAAUAAAGUAAAUAGUAUUGAAGAUGAUGGUGAGUCGACUCAAGAAAUAGUGAAAAAUACGGAGAAUAAUCUGUUAUACACUGUACUUGGAACAAAAAAGCAAGAUUCUACUAAACAGCAACAAGAGAAGCUUAAUGAUCAUUAUGUUAAAAUGGAACGACUUCAGGCAAAUACUAUACCGGUUGAAGGUACUAUUUAUUAUGAGGGAGAUAACAUGGAGACAUUGUACGUAGCGCAAGCCGUUGACGAUAAUGAGCAGUACCAGUAUGAUAAUGCGACGAUAGAACAAGAUGAACAAAUAUCCUGGGAAGUGGCAAAUCCCGAGACUAAUCAAAAUCAAGAGGAGGAUAGUUCUCAAGAUCAAAUAUUUUUGCACGAGGACGAGGAUGGUCAAUUAUACUUCAAAGAUGCUAGUGGAACUUUACAACCGGUAUAUUUAACCGAGGACGGAAAUUAUGCAAUUGCUGAAAGCGGUGAUGAUAAUGCCAAUAAAGAAUCGCCAUCAAAGUCGCAUCAGACCAGCAGUGCACUUGAAGAGGAAGAAACCUUCAUUUUGCCCGAUUUAGAUUCCAAAUCUGCUUCUAAUAAACAGACAACCAGUAGUACGGUAUCAUCGUCGUCGCUUCAAGAUUUUGACAAUGAGGAUAAUACUGUAACGAUAUCCUUGAUAAUAUCAGAAGAUGAGAACGGGCAAAAGAGAACUCAAGUCAUUAUACCAACGACGGACAGUUUGAAGUGUGACAUCUGUAAUAAAAGCUUUAAAACAUCUUUCCAGUUACUCAGGCAUAAUAGACUCAAGCAUGCUCGAGAAGAAGACAUAACUACAAGAAACUUUCCUUGUGACUCGUGUCCUAAAAGAUAUCCAGAUCAGGGUUCGCUUGCUCGCCAUCGAAAAACUCAUACCGGUGAUCGACCAUUCCAAUGCUUGGAAUGCCACAAAAACUUUCCCACGUCCACAGCGCUACGUCGUCAUUUGACGCUACAUAAUUCUCAAUCUCGACCGCUUCCUUGUAUAUACUGCGGUCGGCGGUUCAUGGACAAGUCCAGUUUAGCGAAACACGAGGAGUCUCACAUGCCUAACGAGCAGCGCAAGUACACAUGCGAUAUAUGCCAAAAAACUUUUCACCACGUGACUGACUUAAGUAUGCACAAAAAGCAUCACGAUCCUGACAAGAAAUUCGAUUGUGAAGUAUGCGGUCGCGAGUUUAAUAGAUUGAACAAUCUACAAAGACACAUGCUCGUACAUCAACAACAACAGGGAGGAAAUGAGGAAAUACUUUCCUGCGAUGUAUGUGGAAUUACAUACAAAUUCAUGAGUUCAUUAACGAGGCAUAUGGUGACCACACAUAUGAAUCCUGAAAGAUUGCGGCAACAGGCGGAGGAGCAGCGGAGAAAACGUGAGAACAAUUACAGAAAGUACCUAGAAAAUCGAAAGAUGUAUGAAACUCAAAAUUAUGGUACAAAGCGUAAAUAUAAUUUACUUACUGAGGAUAACGACGAUACAGCCUGAUUUAAAUUUUCUUAUAGUCUUGUGGCAGUUUUGUAAAAGGCACAACAUUCUAACUUCUGUAAGAAUAAUAAUAUAUGUUAUUAAUAUCUUUGUAUCAUUGAUGUAAUGAUAAGAUAUGCAUUUAAUUUAAUAAUUCAACGACAUUAAUUAGAAGAUUCGUGUAGAUGUUAAAAUUAGUAUAUAAUUAUAUUAUAGAAUAGGAUACAAAUGUAGUAAUGUAUUAUUAUAAGCCAUAAAUUACACAUCUCUAUACAAAAUAUCACGCAUACGUAUACAUGUGCGCACGCGUGCGCAAACAUAUACAAAGGGAGAGUGGUAGAGAGAAAAAUAUAGAUAUAUAAGAUUCCUUUAAUCUCUUGCAUGCACCAAAUGACUUAAAAUAAAAUAACAUCGUCUAUACACACAA